AUGGACAAAGAAGAAAGUCCGAGAACUUCGAAAUAUAACGAAACUGUUCUGACCCCAACCAUGAGACAAAACACUAAAGGAGAGAUCGUAGUCGAAAAAUUCGUCGAAUCUCUCAUGUCCAGCGAGAAAUACUUGAAAAUAAUAGAAACUAUUGAAGAUAGGAUGACUCAUUUGGAGUCUAUAUUUCACGAGAGGUCCAAUUCGAUUCUAAAAUAUCUGUUGGAAGUUUUAAGAGCUGUCAAGAAUCCACCGGCCGAAGUGAUGGAGAGGGCAUUCAAAAAUCUCAAACAUGACCUAGACAGGUUGAAGUUUUCAGUGUCUCACAAAACGGGAACUGCUCCUAAACUAAGAGUUAUAUACUAUCGCAUGGACUAA